AACCAAAGAAAUAAUGCUCAGUUUUACCAUCAGUAUGGCAGCGGAGUCGAGCAUACGAGAUCUAACGGCAGCGUUAGGGAGCGGCUUAUCCCUGACAGUAGAGGAGGAAACGGGGCUUGUUUUGGAUGAUGGAGGAAGCAUAGAUACCACGAGACAGGGCUCGCAGUACUGUCUGGUGUCUGAUCAUGUUGAAUGGGAUUGUGAACUUGGCCUCGAGAUGGAGCAGCUGAGUGUGAAAGAACGUCCUUACAAUGAGAAGCUACGGGCAGUGCCUAGACAUUUACAAAGAGCGAAGGAAGCUAGCAGGGGGCGGUGGCUUAGAGAUGCCUCCGGCAAUAGAGGUGAUUGGGGAGUUGAUAGGGGAUUGACAAAUGACCACCCGAGGCAAGACAAUCAAAAUGUGAUCUGUAUUGAGCAAGCUACUGAUUCUGUUGGGAGGAUUUCACACCAUGGAUUGGGGACUGCAAAUAUGCACAAUUGCGUGGAUUUGGGUUUAACCGAUUGCUUAGAACGAGACAACAAAAGGAAGGUUUUUGAUUUGAAUGUGGAAGUUCCCAAUACUCUUAAUUUUGAGCAUGAAAAGGAUUCAAAAAAGGGGGGUAAUGGUGUCUUACCAAAUGAUUCCAGCCUAGCAGGCCCAAUACUGCAGGCCCAGCCAAUUCAAGCAAGAACAAAGGAAUUAGGGGCUGUUCUUACCGAAAAAAAUGCCCAGAAAUCACCCACAAUCAAGAGCAGCCGGCGGAAGGACAAAGCAGAGCAGGGCAGAUCCGGCUUUUCCAGCAGGGGGGGGAAAUUUCUGGGUUCUAGGUGUGUUCUAGAGCAAGGAAAGAAGGAGAAAUCCAAGCUUAUCUCACCGGUUUCUCAAAGGCAUGGCUGGGUUCUCUUUGUUCUUUUCCUCUCGGGUUGCAGCGGGAAGACAAGAGCAGAAACGGGCUGGAGAAGAAAGAGGAAAAGGGAGAAAAGAAAUAAGCCAUCCUUAUCCAAAAUUCUACUCUUUUAAGCCCCUCAGCUUUCAGAAUAUUCACAUUAGGCCCCAAAACAAUCUUUUCUCACAAUCAAGUCCUUAACUUACA